AUGGGUUGCAAGACAUCUUCUACACCGAUGGAGCCUAACUUAAAACUAUGUUCCCAUGAAGGCAAAGACUUGGAGGAAGAGACAAUGUAUCGUCAACUUGUCGGUAGUCUUAUCUAUUUAACAUUGACCAAAUCAGAUAUUGCCUUAUUCGCAGUUGGAGUAAUAAUCGGAUAUUUUGAUGCGGAUUAUGCUGGUGACCAUGAUACUCGAAAAUCAACCACCGGAUAUGUUUUCAUUCUUGGAUCAGCCGCAAUAUCAUGGUGCAGCAAAAGACAACCAAGUGUUUCACUUUCAACUACAGAAGCAGAAUAUCGAGCAAGAACAAUGGCAGCACAAGAGAGCACAUGGCUAAAACAACUCAUGAAAGACUUGCAUCAACCAUCAAAAGAUAUCAUACCACUAUACUUUGACAACUUGUCAGCGAAGCAAAUCAAGACAGAAGAGCAAGUAGCAGACAUAUUCACAAAGAGCCUGGUCAACAUGAAGUUUAUAAGAUUUCAAGAAGCGCUUGGAAUGAUUGAAAGAGAAAAUAAAGUUGGUGUUGAGGGGGAGUGUUAA